AUGGCCGAUGGUGCCUUUCGGUUCCAAGGAGCCGGCCAGUAUUUCUAUCAACCACAGUCGCAGCGCCAGCUACAGACUCGUCACGGCUCGCCCAUCACCACCUCGCAGCGCAUUCCCUUCCAUACUCAAGACACUCCCUCGCCCAAUCGCUCCCCCGGCGCCAACUCGCCCGCUUUCAAUACCAUGUUUAAUCAACAUGGCAUCCUCAACGGCAACAGUCACCAGCGCUUCCAGAUGCACAUGAACAUGAGCAAACAGUUCGGCCAGCAACAACAGUCGCAGCAGAAUUUGCAGACUCAUCACCAGAAUCAAGCCCACUCUCAACAGCAGCAGCAACCCCACCAUGCUCAGCACCAACACCACCACGAUGCCUUUGCUUCUCACUCGCACAACCUCUCGAGCUCGACCCCUCACUUCACGCCCAGCCACAUGCAGAGCCAAACGCCGCUCAGCACGCACAGCCAACUUAGCAAGCCUUCCAGCGAGCACUGGCAGGAGCAGCAGCGCCUGGCUCAAGUAUCGCGUGAUGCCACACAACCCCACUACUACGCCAGGAACGCUCAUGUCGCCAGCCGGCAGGCUAUCGCCCAGCUGGGCCCUGGUGCUAGGAAGACGGAAGACAAUAAAGAAGAGCGCGGGAGGAGAAUGCCGUACCACGACGAGAAACACGCUUUCACUGCCAUCGACUUUGGUGGCCAAGGUCUGCGUGCGCUUGCAAACAAUCUCUUCAAAUACUACUUCCUCGAGAAGCUCUAUGUCAAUCAGAACAAGCUCAACUGGUUGGUACCCGAAAUUGGUAUGCUACGCAGGCUUACUUUCCUCGAUCUUUCGCAAAACGACCUCUCGACGAUUCCACCAGAGAUUGGUAUGCUCACAAACCUCCGCACUCUUCUGCUCAUCGACAACAAUCUCGUCGAUUUACCUAGCGAAUUGGGCUACCUCUAUCAAUUGGAGACCCUUGGUCUCGAGGGCAACCCUUUGAACGAGAACAUCAAGGAUAUCAUCGCCGAGUCGGGCACUACUGAGCUGAUCCGCACUCUGCGUGAGCAUGCUCAGGGACCAGAACCGCCUAACGAGCGUGACUGGAUUGUCCUCGAUGAAUCACCUGUUGCGGAGCAAGAACGGUUUGUGGUCUACAGUCACAACAUCCUGUGUGACAAGUACACGACCGAAGCUCAAUACGGCUACGCCCCAUCGCACGCGCUCCUGUGGGAGAAUCGCAGAGAGGUCCUUCUGGCCGAGAUAAGAUCACGCCGAGCUGAUGUUAUCUGCCUGCAAGAGAUUGAUGCCGAAGGCUUCAACGAAUAUUUCCGCCCUCAACUCGCACACGACGACUACCGGGGUAUGUUCUGGCAAAAGUCGCGUGCUCACACCAUGUCCGAGAAGAACGCCAAAUUAGUCGACGGCUGUGCGACUUUCUACAACAAUACCAAGUACAUUCUUCUCGACAAGCAAGUGGUUGAGUUUGGGCGGACAGCCAUCAAUCGUCCCGACAUGAAGGGCGAGCACGACAUUUUCAAUCGCGUCAUGACUCGUGACGAUAUCGCAACCGUCGCGUUCCUCGAAAGCCGUCAGACCGGCGCUCGUCAAAUGGUAGUCAACCUUCACCUGUUCUGGGAUCCGCAAUUCAAGGAUGUCAAGGUCGUUCAAGUUGCCAUUUUGCUGGAGCAGCUUAACCGUCUGAGCAGAGAGUACGCCAAAUGGCCCGCUCUCAAGGAAAAGGAACUGUUCCGCUACGCCAAUGGUGAUGAAGUGGACGAAGAGCCUGUUGAGAAGGCCCCUCCUGCACCCUCGCAAGAGUAUGCAUCCAACACUGAUAUUCCGCUCAUUAUUUGUGGCGAUUUCAACAGUACUUCGGAAAGUGGUGUGUACGACUUGUUGGCUCACGGCUCACUUUCGUCUUCGCACGAUGAUUUGGCAGGCCGCAAGUACGGUAACUUCACGAAAGAGGGUAUGACCCAUCCUUUCAGCUUAAAAUCGUCGUACUCGCACAUUGGUGAGCUCGAGUUUACCAACUACACACCUACAUUCGUUGGCUGCAUCGAUUAUAUUUGGUACUCGACCAAUGCUCUAAGUGUUACCGGCCUCCUUGGAGAGAUUGACAAGCAAUACCUCAGCCGAGUUCCUGGAUUCCCUCAUAUCUACCACCCAUCUGACCACAUCGCUCUCGUGGCCGAGUUCGCAGUAAAGGUCAAGAAGGAGUCAAAGAGAUUGGAGGCAGACUUUGGGCAUGGUUCGCACGAUCACAGGCACCGAUAA